ACAAGCGAAGGAAGGGGUCGGCCUCCCAGCCCCAAGCCCGCGCGUCCCGCGCGUCCCCCGCGCCCCCCGCACCCCUGCGCCCGUGCGAGCCGCCGGCGGAAGUGCUGCGUCGCGCACUUCCGGGUGUUGUCUGGUGGCUGCACAGCCGCGCGUCUCUAGUCUCCCGGCAGCCGCCGCCGCCUCGGGUCCCGGAGCCAGGAGGGACGUUACCGCCAUGGCCGGCAUCAAAGCUUUGAUUAGUUUGUCCUUUGGAGGAGCAAUUGGGCUGAUGUUUUUGAUGCUUGGAUGUGCCCUUCCAAUAUACAACCAAUACUGGCCCCUCUUUGUUCUGUUUUUUUACAUCCUUUCACCUAUCCCAUACUGCAUAGCGAGAAGACUGGUGGAUGAUACAGAUGCUAUGAGUAAUGCUUGUAAGGAACUUGCCAUAUUUCUUACAACAGGCAUCGUUGUCUCAGCUUUUGGACUCCCUAUUGUAUUUGCCAGAGCGCACCUGAUUGAGUGGGGAGCUUGUGCACUUGUUCUGACAGGAAACACAGUCAUCUUUGCAACUAUACUGGGCUUUUUCUUGGUCUUUGGAAGCAAUGAUGACUUCAGCUGGCAGCAGUGGUGAAAGAGACUGGGGAACUGCUGUCAGGUGGACUUCUCGUCACUGGUUGGCCAUCCACGCACACAGGAGAUGGGGCAGCACCGCUGAAUGGCGUAGCAAGCCUCUCGGGGUGUUCUAGGUGCUCCCCUCUCACUUGUAUUGUAAGCGUACUAUUUCCACAGAGACUUGCUAAAGGAUUAAAAGGAUUUUCUCUUUUGGAAAGUUUGACUGAUUUCACACUUACCUAUAGUAUGCUUUUGUGGUGUCCUGCUGAAUUUAAAUAUGUAUGUGUUUUCCUUGUUCACUUUUUGUUUUAAAUCAAUAUGCAAUGUUACAUAUUUUUUAAAUGUAGUAACUGUUCACAUUGGUUAGAAAUUAGAUUUCUUCUGGCUUUACUGGGCUAAAGUAUGUCUUUUCUCUUAAAAUUAUUUAACCUUCAUUAUUACAAAAAGUUACAAAGUAAGUUUUCAAUCAGUCAGGAUGACAUCACUCCCAAUUUUAUGCAAACAUUUAGACUGUUGGCAUACCUUAUAGAUUAUAUACUCAGCGCCAAUCUAGCUGCAUUUAUACCUCAGAAGGGCCAGGUAUUAAUGCCCGCACUCUCCAUAAGGGUUGCUGGUUUUGCCAGUGAGCAGGUGUUUUGUGAAUUGAAAAUUAUUUUAUGGAAUUGCUACAAAAGAGUGCUUUUCUUCUCAAUUGUUUGAGGAAUUUUUUGUUGAACUUUAAGGUAAGGGUGUAAAAACAGAUUUUUAAGAUACGAUUUUUAUUUACAUUUAUGAUAAAGAGUUGCAGAUAGUUAAAGAGUUGCAUUGUGGGAAGAAACAAUGUUGAAACUGCAUUUUUUGAAUCCCGUUUCUAUUUAUAAGGGAAAUUUCUGAUCCUCUGUCAGCCUUUCAUGUUCUACCGUGGGUAAAAUGGUCAUUCAUGGAACUACUACUGAUAAGGGAAAGUUUUAUGUUUGCAUCAUAUUUACCAGAAAACCUUUCCCUGCUUUUAACUUAUUUUAUACAGUGUCUGUGUUAAGUAAAAUAACUUUCUGGUGUCAUUUAAUAACACUUUAAGUUAGAGGUGUUUGACCCACCUGGAGAGAAAUUGCUGCACCAGGCACCGCCGUGCCCUCUGCCCCACAGGCCUUGACGUGAUCGACGAGCGACUUGCUGGUCCUGCAGGCGAUUCCUGCGUUAACAAUUUAAGAUUUAGACUGUGGUGAUUGUAGUUCUUACUCUCUAGGAUUUCAUCCUAUGUUAUUUAAAACUAUUUAAGACAAGUUUCCUGUAUACCUCUCAGUUGUUUUCAUUUUUAUUUCAUCGCGAUAGAGCUGCCGUUUCCUCUUUAAUGGCAUUUAUUGUGUGAAUUAAUGCAAAGCAGCCAAAUCCAGCUGUACAGCAGCUUCGAACACAAACCUGACCCCAAAUUCCCAAUAACCAGGCAGAUCAAAUUGUAGUGAUUAUUUGUAGCUCACAAUUAUCAAUACUUUUUUCAGGAGCUAGUUACGAAAAUGUUCAAAUUGGCCUGGCAGUAUUUUGUUAAGGACAUAGAUUUGUAUGUUUAUUCAGUAUAGUUACAUAAAACAUUGUUUUGCCUUCAGACAAAACUCAGUAAUCAUGACAGCUGGCUUUAGUUAUUUUAUAAAGUGUAUUUCUCAAGAAAAUGGGAACAAACUCUGGGCUGGUUCAUAUUUUUACUGAAGGUGCCUCAAGGCCACAGGUUUUAUAGCCGAACCCAGGUUGUUGCUUGUAGCCGUGAGGUGGGAGGCAGAGUGAAGUGUCUGCACAUCACCAUGCUGAGACUUAAAGAGGAAGAAGGUUCAGGACCACGUGAGUUAGCUGGUAAAACCACUGGGAGCUCAGGGCCUGUGAUGGACUGGGUUUGGGGUUUUGUUUUGUUUUGGCAGGAAGUGCAUUUUCUGGUCCUUCCCUGUUUUCUGUUCUAGAAUGUCAGUGCAGGACACUGCAACAGUUUUAGUCACGUAGCUACACCCUCUUUUUCUAACAGCGCAUAGUCUUUCUGUAUACUAAUUGCAUUGGCAGCAUUGUGGUUUUGAUCUUGCACACUGGCCUGACAUAGUGCUGUCUUUGAUUUCUAGGCUGGUUACUUGAGGUAUGAAUUUUCCAUAGAACGUGCACUGAUACUUCAUUGCCAUUCUUCUAUGGAAACAGAACUUUUGGUGAUGAAACAAUAAAAAUUUUAAAUAUC